GGGGUGCGCGCCGUCACCGCAGGGCGCGGAGCUUGGGGGAGGCCCGCCCCCGCAGGGCAGGCGCAGGAGUCGCGCCCCGUGCGCGGGGCCCGGCCGGGGACAGCCCCGAGCCCGAGACACGGCCGAUGGGGUGUGGAAAGCCUGCCCAAGGCUGUUCCGGGAAGAACCGCGGGUGGUGCGCCCCGGAGGCCGAGGGAGAGUCAGCCCCGCCCGAGGCCAGCCGCUGACCGCAGGUCGCCCCUGAACCCAGGCGCAGAGGUGGCCCUCAGCUGGAGGUCAGUUGCCAGGCCUGGCGGGCAGGGGGGCCGGGGAGGCCCGUGCCGGGGGAGCACAGCCGUGCUCAGUCCGCCUGGCUCUGCCUCUCCCAAGGUCCCACGGCGGCACCGACCUCACAGGUAAGUGCAGGGCGCCCCGGUCUUACUGCUCCUGACUUCCACCUACCUUUUCUCUGCCUUCGGGUCUCUUGGACUUCGCCUGCCAUUUCCCCAGCCCUGUGUUCACCAAGCUUCGGGUCCCGCAUCUGUGUGGCCAGUUACUUGGAGAGUUCCCGUUUAGGACCUCCCAAGGAGGGAGGUGUGGAAGCUUAUCCCGGUGCAGAUACCAGCACUUGGAACUGCUUGCAGGGGAAUGUGUCCCGGGAACUACAGGUCUCCUGCCUUUCUGAUGGCAACAAACUCCGGGAGAGGGAGGCAGGAGGCAGAGCCAGGCUUGGAAUGACACACUGUUACGUGGAGGCAGUGGGAGGUUGGGUUUAGAGGAGGGAGGUUUUCUACCCAAGUGUUGACGGGUUUUAUCUGGUUGCAGAAUGGAAAACAGAACGGAUGAAUGCAGUGACUGUUGGGAGCACCAGAAGAGCAGGCACCAGUGACACCAGAGGCAGGUGACCUUUCAAGAUGUGGCUGUGUACUUCUCUUGGGAGGAAUGGGAUCUUCUUGAUGAGGCCCAGAGACACCUGCACCUCGAGGUGAUGCUGGAGAACUUGGCACUUAUAUCCUCGCUGGCCCAGUGCAGAUCCCUUUGUCUCUGGACUCACACUGCCUCCUGAGUGUCUUCUGAUGUUGUGGUCUGAGGUGUACAUGUAUCCUUUAACAGAGCCUGAACCAGUUACUGUUCCAGUCCAGUUCUUCUGGGUCUAGAGGUCCCUUCAUAGCACCACAUGUCACCAGCAGGUUGUUUGCAUGGAGUAGAGCAAGAGGAAGCACCUUCUGAACCAAGCGUUUCUGAAGGAUUGUCACGUCUCAUGACUCCCAAAGAGGGGUCGUCAUCCCAGAAUGCCUGCUCCUGUGAAAUAUGUGGCCUGGUCUUGAGAAGCAUUUUGCAGUUGGCUCAGCACCACAGAACAACACAUCCUGGGCAGAAGCCACGCACAUGUGGAAGACAGUUCUAUUUUGCUGCAAAUCUUCAACAGCAUCAGAGGCAGCACAUUAAAGAGCUUCCCUUCAGAGGUGACACUGACAGAAACUUGUUUAUAAAGAGCUGCAUGAUCCAUGUGUCAGGGAAGCCUUAUACUUGCAAAGAGGUGGGGAAGGGUUUUCUGGCCAGCAUGGGAUUUCCCCGUCAACAGGCCACUCACACAGGGGAGAAACCAAAUGCCAGUUACAAGUGUGGGGUGGCCUUUCACAAUGGAAAAAGUCUUCACCACUGGGGGGAAUGCAAGAAAGCUCUUAGCCACACAGAUACACUCGUUCAGUACCAGAGGGCACUCACAAGUGAAGGGCUUUUUGAGUGCAGCAAGUGUGGGAAAGCCUGUACUCGGAGAUGUAAUCUCAUUCAGCACCAGAAAGUCCACAGUGAAGAGAGGCCUUAUGAGUGCAGUGAAUGUGGGAAGUUCUUCACCUACUACUCGAGCUUCGUCAUCCACCAGCGAGUGCAUACUGGAGAGAGGCCUUAUGAGUGCAGUGAGUGUGGGAAGGCCUUCAGUCAGAUCUACAGCCUCAACAGCCAUAGGAAAGUCCACACGGGAGAGAGGCCUUAUGAGUGUGGGGAAUGUGGGAAAUCCUUCAGCCAGAGGUCCAACCUCAUUCAACAUCAAAGAGUUCACACGGGAGAAAGACCUUAUGAGUGCAGUGAGUGUGGGAAAUCCUUUAGCCAAAACUUCAGCCUCAUUUACCACCAGAGAGUUCACACUGGAGAAAGGCCUCAUGAGUGCAGUGAGUGUGGGAAAUCCUUUAGCCGAAGUUCCAGCCUCAUUCACCACCGGAGGCUUCACACUGGAGAGAGGCCCUAUGAGUGCAGUGAUUGUGGGAAAUCCUUUAAGCAAAGCUCCAGCCUCAGUUCACAUCGGAAAGUCCAUGCAGGAGAAAGGCCCUAUGUAUGUGAGGAGUGUGGGAAACCCUUCAGCCACAGCUCCAACCUUAGGAACCAUCAGAGGGUCCACACUGGAGAAAGGCCUAUUGAGUGCAGUGAGUGUGGGAAAUCCUUUAGCUGCAAAUCUAACCUCAUUAAACACCUGAGGGUCCACACUGGAGAAAGGCCUUAUAAAUGUAGUGAAUGUGGGAAGUCUUUCAGCCAAAGCUCCAGCCUCAUUCAACACCAGAGAAUUCACACUGGAAAAAGGCCUUAUCAGUGCAGUGAAUGUGGGAAAUCCUUUGGCUGCAAAUCUGUCCUUGUUCAACACCAGAGAGUUCACAGUGGAGAAAGGUCUUAGCUAUAUAGGGAAUGUGCACUUUUUAUUUAGUGGAAUCAUUGGAGGAGAGCACCUGUAAGAGCAGCCUACCUGGAUUGAAGCCCAGCAACUGAAGGUGCAUGGCAGAGAGAUUCCCUUCAGUUCAGGUUUGUGGAAGCUCCAAGGAUCUGUGUUACAGUUCCUAGCAUCCAUAACCCUUGCAGUUUAGGUUACUGACAGUUUCUGAGACAGAAGCCAUUUCACUGCCACUUGCUAAGUCCAGCUGUGUCAGUCACCACGCCACCAUGUUCAGGGACGCUGAUCUGUGUUCUCCCAUUGCUGGAGGUAAUGAGUAGUCUGAGCCCACAUUCCCUUCUUCAAAAAGAUGGGGCAUGAACCUGACCCAGUUUUGUACUGGAGAUCCUGAUAGAAGUAAAUUCUUUCAGGGACACAUUUCUUGUGACGAUGUUGGGGUUUUUUGUUUGGGUGGUUGGUUGGGUUUUUUUCCACAGCCUCUAAGACACUAACCUGGGAACUACUUGCCUCACAUUUGUUUUGUUUUGAGGGCUGUUAUUGUCUGAAGCACCUGUAAUCUUGGGAUUCUGUUCACUCUGUGAGAUGGCUUAAAAACAGGAUUGGUCCCAGCCAGCAUUAAACAGCUGUGGUGUGUGGGGGUGGCACAGGGAGGUCACAUAAUUCCAAGCCUUAGAGACAUUGGUUUAAUGGAAGAAUGCGACUCUCUUCCCAGUUUUGUCCUAAUAUGAAUUGUUGCCCGAGGCCCCCUAGGAGCUGUAGGGCCUUCUGGUCCUAUGUGGUGGAGUAUAUGCAGGAUGUUUUGUGGGCUGGGGACACCUCGAGGCAGGAAGUUCUGACAACUCCCAGUGCUGCCCGGAGCAGCGUGAACUGUGGCACAGGACAUCACGUGAUGCCUAGCACCGUGUCGGCCGACUGAGAGAGUCGAGUGCCUGAUCCCCGUCAUUCUGUGGGCUUGUGCCUGGGGAAACUGAUUGGGACAGAAACACUGGGUUCAUAGGACUUGGAGGAGAUCGCAGCAAACUAGAUUCUAGUGAUGGUGCGGGUUUGAGGUGUGCACAGAAUCUCACGGUCUCCAGGGAUGUGCACCUUCGGAUCUGUGGUCAUUGUCAGGGGGAAAAAAAAAAAGUUCUGUGUAUUCCACUCAGGUAGCCUUUCUGGAAUGUUCCCUGAAGGCCAGGAAAACAAGCAUGGCGGGAGGGGAGAUCCCCACUCUAGCAAGGUGGCUUUGUGACCAGCCACCAUCCUGUGUAGAAGUGAACGUCACCGGUCACUAAUACUUUCUGCCACUGAGGCAAGGUUGUCCCCAUAAGGUCACCAAGAAGGAGGUGGAGUUCGUGUGGGGUUACCAGACCUCACACUGAACCACUAGGCUCACUGCAGUCAUCACGUGAACGCUCUGCACCCUGACCUACCUCAUGCCCUUCGUUGGCCCGGGCCAUCCCUGGCCGCCAGGCCACCUUUACUCUGUCUUCCCCGAUGGCUUAGAUUGUGUUAGCAGGACGUGGAUGACUUGAUUCACAAAAUGUUUAUUUUUCUAGUUUCAUUCAUGAUUAUUAUUUUGAGAUUCUUCUGCUGUGUGAGCUGUUCAUUUUUAUUGCAUUUGGCCAUUCCUUUAGGUUGUUUCUGGGUUCUGGCUAAUGCCAAAACAGUGAAGCUGCUACAGCAUGUGCACUUGUUUACAUAUUUAUGUCAGCUACUUUGGGGUCAGUGACUCAGGUGCAAAGCUGAGACACAGGGCAGGCGACAGUCAGCUUGUUAAGAAACCACCAGGCUGUGAGCGGGGGCCUGUGGGGCUGUGGGGACUUCGGUUCUUCCACAUCCUUGCCAAUACUCAGUGUGGUCCUUGGGAUUUACUACAUCCAUAGGUGUGUAGUUUUAACUGCUUUUCCUUAAGCAUUCAUAACGCUGGACCCUUUUUCAUGAAUUUGUGACCCGUAUGUAUUCUUUGGUAAGAUUCUGUUCAUAGAGGAACAGGGAAGUGGUAGCAAGGGGCAGGUUUUAAAGCUUGUUUUAAAAACUGUAAUGCAUGUAUAAGUGACAAAGCAUAAACAUUUGGAAUGUGUUUGGACGUUUUGCUGUUUAUACCUGAAAUUUUAAAAAUCCAUUGAAGGGCUGGGGUUGUGGCUCAAGCGGUAGCGUGCUUGCCUGGCAUGUGUGUGUGGGGCGCUGGAUUCGAUCCUCAACACCACAUAAAAAAUAAAGUCAUUGUAUCCACCUAAAACUAAGAAAAAUAAAUAUUUUUUAAAAUCUGUUGAAAGCAAAA